AUGGCAGAGGAGCCACCAAAGUUUGUACCUGGACUAGUGUCAUACAAAGGGCUAAAGCUCAUUAAAAAUGUGCAUGAGGAAAGUUAUCUACAGUGCUCUCAGAAAGACCUGAAAGGCAUGAUUGUCAUGGUUUCAACCUUUCUGAAGAAAAGUCUUGAUGACAAAACACUAAACAUGAUUGUUGAAAAGAGUACUUUCAGUAACAUACAACAAACCCAAAAUGCCAAUUUGAACACUGUGGCUCCAGACCUGUUUGGCCGCAGCGAGGGAUUGAUGUUGCUAAAAGGAACAAUUGGAGACUGGAAAACUCUGUUUACCAUCACCCAGAGUGGAAGGUUUGACAGGAGGAUGAAAGGUUUCCCUCUGGAGUUCCUUUGGGAUGUAUGAACUGUGAAUUGUAACAGGCAUACUGUUGAUAAGUAUUACAAACAUAUUAACAGGCCUACUGUUGAUAAUCAUACUACAUUUACAUUUACAUUUACGUCAUUUAGCAGACGCUCUUAUCCAGAGCGACUUACAAAUUGGUACCAUAAGACUUUCUAUUUACAGAAUGCCCUGAUA